UCUUCACGCCGCGUGGGUAAAACGGGUAAAACAUCGAUCAAGUGUGAAAGUGCCGAUCUGCAGAUCAAUCUCUUAACGCGGGCGCCAUGAAGCCAAAACUCGCGCUCGUACUCCUUCUGGGCCUCGUUGUCGCUCAUGAAGUCAUUGGAAGAUCUACUUCCCGGGUGGCUCGUUCACCCGCUGAAGUCCUGGAUAAGAAGCCAGAGGUGAAACCGGAGGAUGAGCCUUGCGAAUUUGAUUCGCCAUGCGGUUGGGCCGUUUACGUCCGCGCCAGCCGCGAGGUGGAUUACUACGUGUACAACUGCAAGUGCAAGUCUGAUGAGUUGUGCACCAAGUAUGAGGACGAUAUCUCCACCAAGGCAUUUGUCUACAAGUGCCGCCCGGACGAUACUCUCUUCAACAGCACUAGCACCACUAGUGCGCCCUCUACCGUAGUGCCCACCAGCGCUCAGUAGAACAAUUCGCCUCAUCAUUCAUCUCAUCACCCGUUCACGUCCCACACAAACUCAACUACUCCCAUUCUUGCACUAACUCUCAUCCUUCAUGUACUUUCACCCGCGGUAUUAGUAGCAACUAAUCGUGUUUUAAUCCUAAUUAUUUUAAACCUACUAAAAUAAUUUAUUUUAUUGUAUUUGACUUUUAAACAUAACAAAAUGUUUGUAAACUUGACUGUGCUGCACGCGGUUCAGUCGAGUAUUAAUGCAGCUUUUUGCAUUUUUAUUGUGUAUUUUGAUGAGAUGAAAUAAAGAAUUGCAAAGAUAA